AUGAGGAGUGGUAAAGACAGAGUUGACGGAAACGGCAGUUAUGGCGCGAGUCCCCCGCCGUAUCCUGAAGCCCGAGAGCUGCCACCACCCACGCUGUUCGCACAACAGAAGAAGCGGCAGCGGUCCCCCGAAGAUACAGUGGCGCCCUUGAAGAAGCGGCAGCUGUCUUCCGAAAAUCCAGGCACGAUCCACGAAUCUUUCAGUAACGUUUGCGCUGAGCUUCUCAGUCAACAGAAAGCACAGAUGACGAAGCUCAUCUCAUGGCAGCAAGCUGAGACGGCGAAGUUUGUUGAGCAACAGAAAGCACAGAUGACGGAGCUCAUCUCAUGGCAGCAAGCUCAGAUGGCGAAGUUUGUUGAGCAACAGCAAGCGGUUCUUGCUCGCGUGGAUCAUGCGGAACAAUGCAUGGAAAGCCGGAUCAUCGAACGAGUCGAGGAGCAUCUCCGCGACGAGUCAUACAAGACAGAUGACCAAGGGUCGAAGAGCCAAGAGUGGGGGCAGCUCAUACAAAAGCUUGUUGGGAAAGGCAUUCUCGAUCUAGAGGCUGCCAUCGAGUCAAACCUGGAACGUGGGAAGGAAAACCUCAAGAGCGAACUUAAGGAUGAAUGCAUAGACGAGCUAAAGGAUGUUCUAGAAGACGGCUUAGUAUCCAUAAUUCUCCCCAGAUAA